AUGGCUGGAUCUUUAAAGCACUUCUUGCAAAACAAUGAAAAUUCUACCGAGACUAUCGAUGCGACCGAAUCUCAAGAUUCCGUAAUAUCAGUAACCGUGAGUGGACCAUCUGAAAUUUCAACAGAGGCGACUACGGUAACAUCAGGUCCUGCAACAAGUGGCGGCGGUUGUAGCAGCAAAACAGCUUCUACUGAUGCAGAGCCCGAUGAAGCGAUGACACCAUCCUCGUCUACAGCACUUGAACAAUCCGCUUCAGGUAAUUCAGCUUGUGUAAGAAGUUCGGUAAUGUCAGCUUCCGAAAUACCUGUUGCAAGUGACACUUUCGAUGAAGGUUUUAAUAAGGCUAGCGUCUAUAUAAUUCCAUCCGACCGCGGUUUGUGGCCCGAAAUAAUCACCAUUGAGAUAGCUAGAAUAUUGGUUAAACGUGGUCCGCCCUUGAUAGACAUCAGUUUUAGCUUCCCUAGUAAUAAAGAUAAGAGAAAGUUUUCGUGCAAAUACUUUGUAAGAAGUCUAGCAAAUGGAGAAAAAGUCGAAAGGACUUGGCUUAUUUACUUUAUUUCUAAAUAUACUGCAUUUUGUUUUUGUUGUAAGUUGUUUUGUAAAACUCCUAACACUUUUUGUGAUACAAAUGGAGUAUCUGAUUGGCAACACUUGUCUGCUAAUAAAGAGACACGAAACGUCAAUUUUACACAAUAG